GUAUUUUGAUUCGCGAAUUUCAGGACACCCUGUAUAAAGAGAAUCCAAUUUUAGACGUUUUAUCAUUAUUAGUAUCCUGUUGGGGAAUUUCUUGACGAAUUAAUUCAGAGGAACUUUUUUUUGCCUUUUAGAAAAGGAGACCAAGGAUCAUGGGACCAAGGAAGGUACCGCGGACUUUGAGAAGGCCAUGGAGAUAUGUGGAAAUGGAAGAUACCAAUACACUUUCCUGCUGGUUUGCGGUAUAAUGUUCUUCUGCGUCGGCUGUCAGUACGGGGCGAACGCGUACAUUCUGCCGUCAGCCGAGUGCGAUCUGCACAUGAGAUCCGAAGAAAAGGGACUGUUGAACGUCGCUUUUCUCAUAGGCUCGGUGAUCAGCGCUCUUUUCUGGGGGGUCUUCGCGGGUGCUUACGGAAGAAGAAAUAUCCUGCUGCUAAAUCUCUUCACCGACAGUAUCAUUACAAUAGUCGCAAGCUUCUCGCCAAACUUCAAGCUGCUGCUAAUGUUCAGAGUCAUAAGCGGAUUCUUGAUGGGCGGACCCGGUUCCUUGGUGUACAUGUACCUCGGCGAGUUUCAUGCAGAAAGAUACAGAGCGAAGAGCAUCUGCUUCGUGGGCUUUUUCUUCACACUCUCUUGGAUGAUACUGCCAGGUUUAGCAUGGAUAAUCAUACCGUUGCCGAUAUCCUUCGAGUUUUACGGCAUUCGAUACAAUUCUUGGAGAUUGUUCCUUGGCAGUAUCAGCCUGCCAACUUUCGCUAUUGCCAUCGUAACCCUAACGUAUCCGGAGAGUCCGAAGUUUCUGGUGUCGCAAGGCAAGACCGACGAGGCCCUCGCGAUUCUCCGAACGAUCUACGCGGUGAACACCGGCCGCGAUAAAAGCGAGUUUCCGGUGAAGGAGCUUCUGUCCGACGCCGUGUUCGAAGUAGAAAAGGACAAGGCACCGUUGUCCUCGUCGGAUAUGCUGACGGAAUUGCUGAAAAAUAUUUGGUGGCAAUUGCGCACCAUUGCGUCGCCACCUCUCUUAAAGUACGCUUCCCUGUUAUGGACGAUUUAUUUCACGAACAUGUUCGGGUACUACGGCGUUAAUCUCUGGCAACCGGAAUUGUUCAAUCGCUUCGAGAACUAUCACCAAUCGCAUCCGAAUGCGUCCGUGACAGUCUGCGAGCUGAUACACGAUACGCAGGCGUUAAACCACACUGUUCCAGAGGAGCGGUACCUCCUUUUGACAAAUGGAGUCACUACGGACUGCAAGCCGCACAUAGACGAGCGGGUGUUCAUUAACUCUCUGACGAUCAACGCCGUUUGCCUGUUCGGCAAUAUCGCUUCCGGGUAUCUAGCAAAUCGAGUUGAUCGUCGAACAAUGCCAAUGACCACGAUGCUGGUGGCUAGCAUCGCUGCCCUCGGUAUGUACUUCGUGAGAUCCUCGCUGCAGAUCCUGGUUACCGCGUGCGUAUUCUCCGUGAUGCUGGCCACGGCGAAUUUCGUUAUUACCAGUGUUGCGGUCGACAUUUUGCCUACGCACGUGUCCGCCGCCGCGGUGUGCAUGAUGGUGUGCUUGGGAAGGUCCGGCGCGGUGGCGAGUAAUUUGGCGUUCGGCAUGCUGCUAGACCUAAGCUGCAAGAUCCCGAUAUUCCUGGUGACCGGUGUCACCAUGUUUGGUGGGUUGUUGUGCUUCCUGAUACCAAGCAAAGAAAAGAAGUGAAUGACCACGCUCGAGGAAGAGACCGACAUAUUAAAUAUAUGGAGAGGACAAUCUGAAGUGUCGAACGAAAUGUUUCGUGUUAUUCUUUCACCAGAAUGCGCGGUUUGUGUAAAGUCUGAAAAUACGUGUGAGAGUGCCUGCUGAUUUGUAAAUAACAAUUGCGAGCGUCGAUUGACAAGCUCUCGGUUUCUUCCCAGUGAGAAAUGAUUCGUCGAUUGACGUCGAAA